AUGGAUGGUCUCCUCGGCCGACUUCAGGGUCGUCCAAAAGCCGAGAAAGGAGACCCAGGAAGAGAAUAUGGAUGGUCUCCUCGGCCGACUUGGAGUCAUGACGCCAAAAGACCGAAAAAAGGAGAGCCCAGGAAGUCACGCCGUAGAGGCCCGAGAGGUGAGACCCAGGGGGGGAAGUUCGCCUCGAUAUACGAGCCCGAGCUCACCUCCAAGGAUACCCAGGGGGAGAGUCGCCCCUCCGAGCCUACCACCCCGCAGAGACGAGAACCCACCAGGGAAGUCACCCCACUUCUUGUGAUUCCCGACUAUCCACUGAGGGAGAACCCAGUGGGAGAUCAGAAGUCACCCCUAUCCCCGCGACGCAAGGCAGACACCUUAGCGGCACAACGCUCACCUAGAGCCCCGAGCCAAGCGGAGGCCCAGGACAGUCCACCCGACCAGCGCACUCUCCAUACGUUCCACCACGACGAUAUGGCAUCGCCGUCUCCUCCGCCGACCUUCAGGCUCGUCCAAAAGACCGAAAAGGACCCCAGAAGUCGCCCCCUAGAGCCGCAGAAGCGAGGCUCCAGCGAAGUCUCACCUACGACCGAGAAGGAGCGGCUCAGCGAACGUCACCCCUCAGCAGCCCGAGACAGCGCAGCCAGAAGUCUCGACCCGAGAGCGCAUCCCAUACCGCUUCCCCACCAGGACGAUAUGCAUGUGCUCCUCGGCCGAACCAUCAGGGUCCGCGUCCAACAGACCGCAACAAGGCAGACCCAGGAAGUCACCCUAAGCCCGAGAACGAAGCACCCAGGAAAGCUCCACCCUAGAGCCCGAGAAGAGACCCAGGAAGCACCCCUAGACGCCCCGACGAAGAGAACCCCAGGAAACUCAACCUCAGGAGCUCGGCCCCCCCGCAAAGAAACGGGGAGGGGCAGCGGGGCGGGGACCCCCCCCCCACGACAGCUCACCCUCAGAGCCCAGAACGGCAACCCAAAGUCACCCCUACCGAGCCCCGAGCAAGAACCCAGAAGUCACCAGAGCCGACGAAAGCGAGCCCAGGAAAGUCGCCGAGAGCGCAUCCAUAGGCCGUUCCCCCAACGAUAUGAAUGUCUCCUCGGCCGACUUCAGGGUUCGUCCAAAAGACCGAAAAUUGAGACCCAGGAAGUCACCCUAAGCCCGAGGAGGGAUACCCAGGAAUCACCCUAG